AUGAAGUACAUAUUUAAUAGAUAUAAUGCAUUAUUAAUUAAAAGACCAUUGAUCACCAAUAUGAUCACCACUGGGUUAUUAGUUGGUGGUGGCGAUGCAUUGGCCCAAUUCCUCUUUCCCAACAAUACCAACACACUGGAACAACUGCAACCGUUUGACUAUUUAAGAAACCUUCGGGCCAUUAUAUAUGGAUCGUUAAUAUUUGCCCCUAUAGGUGACAGAUGGUAUAAAUUUUUAAACACCAAGGUCGUAUGGACACGGAGUGCUCAAAAACCUCAUUUUCAACGAUCAAUGUCAACUCUAUUACGAGUAAUUGUUGAUCAAUUGGUGUUUGCCCCAUUUAUUGGUAUCCCAUUAUAUUAUAGUGCCAUGACAAUUUUAGAAAAUAGACAAGCAAUCUUAGACAAUAUAAUUGAUAAAUUCAACACAAGUUGGUGGAUUACUUUGAAAAGCAACUGGCUAGUAUGGCCAUUAUUCCAAUUCUUCAAUUUCUAUUUGUUGCCAGUUCAAUUUAGAUUAUUGGCAGUUAAUAUUAUUAGUAUUGGAUGGAACACAUAUUUGAGUUAUGUGAUGCAUAGCCAAAAGUAG